AUUCAUAGUCGUGCACAUGCGCACAUCAGACACUGCUCUGGUCCUUUUCUCGCUCCGUGUGGAACGAUUAGCAUCGUGCGAUCAAUCAACAUGCAGCUUUUCGUGCGUGCACAGAACCUGCACACCCUCGAGGUGACAGGACACGAGACUGUCCAGGAUAUCAAGGCCCAUGUUCAGACUCUAGAGGGUCUGUGUGUGGAGGAUCAGGUGCUUCUUCUGUCUGGCACCCCUCUCGAAGAUGCUGCUUCCCUUGUGAGCUGUGGUAUUUCAGAGCACUGCACUCUGGAGGUUGUUGGCAGGCUUCUGGGAGGUAAGGUCCACGGUUCUUUGGCUCGUGCUGGAAAAGUACGAGGACAGACACCCAAGGUGGACAAGCAGGAGAAGAAGAAGAAGAAGACAGGCCGUGCUAAGCGUCGCAUCCAGUACAACCGUCGCUUUGUCAAUGUGGUGCCCACCUUUGGAAAGAAGAAGGGUCCCAAUGCCAACUCUUAAAUAAUUCUCUGUAACAUGUGUUAAUAAAGUUGCAGGUUAUAUACA